GGUCAUUUGAUAUGCAAACCAAUCAUAUUUGAGAAAAGAAGGUUGCUUCACAUACAAACCAAAACUUACAACAAGAAUAAACCCUUAACCCUUCCACCCUCGCCCUCCUCUUCACAUUAUAUAAACCAUUCAUACUAUUCUCUGUUCACAUUCUUCACUCUCACUACCACAGAUAAACAUUGCAAUGGCAGACCCAACAGCCAUGUAUGACUUCCUGAAGCACCCAACAAACGGUGGUGUAAAGAGACCACUACCACCACCUUCCACCACUGCCAACACUACCACCACCACCACCACCACCACCACCACCACUGCAGCCACCGCACGCACCUUCCAAUGCCAUUUCUGCCACCGCAAGUUCUACACCUCGCAAGCCCUCGGCGGCCACCAAAACGCACACAAGCUGGAGCGAGCAGCCGCGAGGAGACAAACCAACGGGCUUCUCCCGCCGCCCCCGCUGCCGCUGGAGCCUUCCCUCAAGCAAAGCGAGCCCAGGCCCAGGCCCAUGCUGGAGCCACUGGAGCCCUCCACCGGGCUCUUCUUCCAUCCUCCCUACUGGCUGGAUGUGGAGCCCCUGCAGUUCCAAAGCACCCACCCUUACGUGACCGCCGCUACCCUCCCCGUUCCUUUCCACGCCGCGUCUUCCACCGUACCCCAACAACAACAACAACAAGUCCUUUCCCACAAUGUGGACGGUUCCGACCACGUGAACCUGGACCUGACUCUCCGCUUGUGA